AUGCCGCUGGAGCUGGGCUUCGAUGCAUGGGCCUGGCCCGCAGCUGUGCUCGGCCAAGGGGUCGUUGUGGCGCUGGUAGUGGCAGCUGGGCUUGUGGCAUGGCAGCUGAGUGCAAUGCUUCUGCUGUUCUGCAUCAUCAUCUCUUUGGGCAUGGUCGCGAAUCUGGAUACAUCGAGGAAGCAGUUCGGGACCUUCCUCUGGAUCCUCAUAUGUGGCCAGUUCUUUUCGCUCGCCACUCUUUUCAGCGCCCAUGCCCUUGCUGAAGCGCAGGAUGCAACUCAGAUUUGGCCAGAGGCGGACUCCGAGUUGGUGCCACUGCUUCCCGAGAUGGCCGACGCCCUCGACUGGGUCAGCCAGAGCGAUAGCUUCGUUGACUCGUACAUUUUCCACGAUGUGCUGCUGUUCAACUCCCAUGCCAGCGGUGUCAAAGGACUCAUGGCCACGAAUUUGUCCGAAGCCAGCUUUGUCAGCGAAGAAGUUCGGCCGGGUGACAUUUCUGCUGCGCGCGGAUACACGGAGUUCGAGGGCAAGCUCUUCUUUGCCGCAGCGACUGCAGGCGGUGAUGAGCUUUGGUUCUGGGAUGGCUCAGAUGCCCUGAACGCCAGCAUUCGGCCAGUGCAGAGCUUUAGCAACAGGCUGAGCUUGCGGAACUUCCGCGUCCACGGCAGCAGCCUCUACAUCAAAGUGUCGUGGCUUGUUUGCGGGUCCUGGAAUCCUGGGGUGCUUCGGUUGCAGAACGACUCUGUGGCACUGGUGGGAGGAUCUCUUAGCUGCUCCAGGCCCUCGCAAGGAUGCUUGAUCGGCGAGCUGUGCUUAGCGCUGGUGCCGCUCGCAGCCCUCUCCACCUUGCUUUUAAGGUCCUUCCCGGGACUUUGUGUCAUCCUCUUUUCCAGCCUCUACGGCGUCAUAGUCGUGGUGCGGCUGCUGUUAGUCCCAGAGCUGGAGGAGCUCAGGGAAUUUCUCCUCACGUCGUUUGCGGCGUACAGUUCCGUUGGCUACGCCCUCGUGGUGCUGCUGCACUUGUGCGGCCGGGACACAGAAUGGACGGAGGACUUAAAGCGCUGGUCGACCGUUUUGGUGUCUGUGAGCUUCUGCGCUGCAGCACAGCUUCGCUUGGACAUCCCAGAGGCUGUGGAGGCCUGGCGGUGGGCAGUCUUUGCAAUUUGUGGUGUUGCCCUUCAGCUGCUGGGCGUCGUCGGCAGGAGGAGACUGCCCAUGGUAGUGGGACACUUGGUCCUCAUGCUCGUGCUGGGGAAGCUUGCGCUGGAGGUGCUCGAGCACCUCACGCCGAUGCGGAAUGCGGGCCUUGCAGCCCAACGGGCUAUUCAGCUUGCUUCCCUUGCCGUGCUUUUCGGCGCAGUCCCAUCGCCAGAUUCCGUUCCGUACAAGCGCACGGAAAACAUCCGCAGCGUGCAUCCGGCACCUGGGAAGGAGGCCGUGCGGGGAGGGAGAGAGGGAGCGAGAGAGGCAGGAGAACAAGAAACGAAGCGUUGGCCCAAGUGCUGCUGGGCUCGUCGGGCAGACUUUUGUGCUGGGGCAUGCCAGGGGUGCUUCAGAAUUCCAAGCAUGAAUAACAGGUGGAGGCAGACCAGGGACCAGCCACCGAUUACGCCUCGUACGCACAAUGGGUGGGGCGGACAGACUGCAAACAGGCACGAGAAGCACACCCGAUUGCACAGAUCUGUAGAAAUCGUUAUCAUCGGCCGGUUACCCACAACUUCAAAGACCUCACAGAGAUUACAACAAAACACGGCGGCAAGACGGGUGCCCGGCGGCCAAUCCUCCGUGAGUGCUCUCAAGAACCCUGCGCCGUAG